AUCGUUGGUAAUCCGAAAUGGGAAGAAGAUAACUAUAGAUCAUGCGAGAUUCGCAAGUGGGGUGGAAGAACGGCAAGUUUGCGAGGUGGUCCGAAUCUAGUCGAAAUCUAUCGCGGUUCUGCUCGGCUUCCGGCCAAAUGUUUCAACUAUUCCUGCUUAUUUUCGACUUCCUCGUAUCCCCGAUGUUCCCCUGUUUUUCCAACGUCGUCGAAUUUCCGUGAAAGAUCUACUCCAGACGGAUCGAUGAUCUUCGAUCGAUGAACAGGCGAGUUGCCUAGGAAAUUCCCAGUGGCCGCUUUAAAAGAGCCUCACGUUCGCGCGAAAGUCACGGAUGUUGGAGCAGAAGACUUCGUUUAGCUGCUGCUUCCUCUCGAGACGGCCAAACAAUUGAUUUACCAAGAGAUUGGAAGACGCAAAACAAGACACCGUGAAAGAGAUCCUACCAAACUGCUCCUCGCUCUCUACCCUCUCCAUCCAGUUCCAUCCCGACACACCGCGAAACUAAUUUCCCACUCGUUUUCAUGCAACUCUCGGCGACACGAAUUUUCUCAUUUUCGUUUGCCUAAAUGGUGUAGCGAAUCGCUGUCGUGGCUCUUUAACGAAAGAUCGACCGUUUCCGUCGAUCGAAGGACAAAAACCAUAGUCGAUGAUCGUCGGGAGAUCGUUCAUAGCACACGGCUGUGUAUUUAACACGUUGAAGCACGAGAUUCAGUCUGAGCCCCUCGAGACUUCGUUGCUAAUUGGCUCAGCGUAUCAACGACCUUUCUUACACCGCGAGCUUCCUUUUCUCCCUAGCGCACGAGGAAAGACAUCAUCGAGGGCUGAGCUAUCGAAAAAUAUGGCGUCAGGAAUACCGAGCGUUCAUCAGAGGAAGCUUGGACCAGCGCCGAUAGCAUCCUUCGAAGACCUGUCCGACGAGGUGGAAAACGGGGAACCGGCUGCGCGAAUGCCAGGCAUCGUCGAGGUCACCACGCCGGCAACGCCUGGUAGUUCGCUUAAGACACCCAGCACGCCGAGAAUUGACAUCAGCAGGGCGAGCAGUUCCUCCCACCAUGAGGACAGUAACUCCAGGGACUCGACGCCGGAGAGGGAACUCCUUGCAGGCGGAGAACCUCCACCUGGAUGUAAGCUAACUCUGGGUUACAAAGAAGACGCCCAAGAUUUAAGAUCAUCGACGGAAGAGCUUGACCUGCAAGAUCCUAUUCACGAGCAAGAUCUGAAAAGAGAAUCGAAGAAACUAGCUAAGAGACGGAAGGAGGAUGGUUCACUGUCAGACUACAGCGGAAAACAAUUAGAUAGAGAACGCAAAGAUAGCAAUUGUUCGGAGAUCGUUCUGUUGAACAUCAGUGGUAGGACGUCUAGGCUGUCUUCCGUGGGUAGCCAGGGAUCCGGCGCCUCUGGCAAGCUUUCCGUUGUCUCAGCCACGUCGUCCAGAUCACCGAGCCCGCACAAAUGUCUACUGGAAACAUCAUUUUGUGGAAGCAAACCUACGCUAUCGGACAACCUGAUAGAGCCACCCAAACCAGAGACCGACGACCUGGAGAAGAUCCUGCUAAAACGGGAAGCUGACACCACCAAAGCACUAAUUCCGGAGAGCAUAAAAGUGUCGAUGGUAGAUGGGAACUUGAAGCCAGAUCCCUUGGAUAAACCUAGAAGACGAGGGCGAGAGGAGAGGAAGGAGAUUUUCAAAAGAGAGGUGGAGAUCACGAAAAGGUUCCUUAAAAAAGUUAACAUACAGGUACCAGUGGUGAAGAAGUCAGCAGAAACGCAAAGUACAACGAUAUCGCAACAGCCCGCCAGAAGCCAAGUACAAGAGGUUCAAAAGCCAGUAACCUUGGACUUCAACGAUAAGAGAAAAAAAUCACAAAACUUCAAAGAGAUUGUGCAAACCACUCCGACAACGAGUAGCGUAACUGGUAGUCCAAAGUUGCCGAGGCAUCAGAAAGUCCGUGACCUUGAGGGCUCUCGUACACCUAGUCCCUCUUCCGUUUCCAGGAAGAGCAGUUUCGCCUCCUUGUUCAAGGCCCGUACAGACAGCAGUGUGUUGAGCCCAGAAUCCCCGUCGCCCAGCACGAAACCACGGCGUAGUCUGACCUCGAAGAUCAAGGACACCACCGAAAGUCUGCGUAGCAGAUCCAAGUCCCGCGAACGAGUGACCGCGGAUAAAGGGUCCGGCAACUUAAAAAAGGACUCGAAGAAUAAGGGUGUGUUCUCGUCGACAUUGAGCCUAUUUAAGAAACGCGAACGAAAGGAGAGUUACGACGAAGCGAUAGCGGCCUCCUGCGGUACUGAACUGGACGCUGCAGGCGGCCAUCCAUCUUUGGAAAGUAUCGGCCAUGUGGAGUUUCGAUUCAACGCAGAAAAAGAGAGUCGCAAAGACGAUUCGAUCUUCAUAAGUCUCCAUGCUGACGACAGGAACUACGAAGAGGCCCUGCCUUCGGAGAGCGUAUCGAUUCCUCUUGAAACGCCCACCAAGCUGCUGGACGAGUACGAAUCGGAACCUCGAACCGGAAGUAUCGUAACGGAAGUGUCGAUCGAGCACUAUCCGCCACCAUCGAGAAUAAAGACCGAAGCCUUAAUCGAGACCACAUCGAGGUCGACGUAUUUGCGGGACAGUCAGAUACCGCAGAGCAGCUCGAAGGAUUCUGAGAUUUCGAGAAGCUCUUCAAAGGAUUCAAAAUUAAGUAGCUAUGGGAAGACAAGCGAACCUGUUAUAAGAUCAUCGUCGUCUAUAGAGGGCAAACCUCCUGUGGAACAUCGGAUGUCCAGCAGUUCCUCCAAAGAUUCAGUAGGGAAAAAGGAAGUAACGAAGCCAAAGAGAAAAAGCAAAGAGAUACAACAACCGGUUGAACCGCCUGAGAAAACGGAUGAUAUCUCACGACAGAAGCAAGUCAGGGAACAUAUUCAGGUUAAAAACGUGGAAAGCAAAAGGCCAGAUUUGCUGGACGAUGGGAUUAAAACCGUGGACGGCCUGGUAAAGACUCCCAGCGUGAUUUCUGACUUGGACCAUAACAGUUCAGAGUCAGAGAGGGAUUCGGAGAUCGAGUUCAUUAGAAACAAGGUUGAAAAGCUUGCUGAGGAAUUGCCUGAUGAGAGGAAAGGUCUGUUCUACGAGGAAAGCUUCGAGGAUGAUCUCCCUUAUGUCCCGACCACUCUGCCCCUAGAAAAAAGUGUGGCUGUGCCGAUCCUGCCUGUGAAACAACGACUUCAGGAAGUAAGAACGAUACCAAUCGAGAGGCCGCGUUCCACAACGCCCAUAAACCCAACCCUGCUCGACGAGUUUGUGAUGCAAACGUCUCUCGAUGAACGUCGUGUGGAAAAAAUGAAGAUAUCGCUGCCGCGGGAAGAAAGUUUCAAACUGAAGAGCCCGCGAAAACACGCAGCGAAUACGUUCAUGGAGUUCGCAGGCAAAGUGCCUGAUGGAGGACGAAAGAGUACAGGCAAGUCGCCGAGUCCACCUCCACUGCCACCAAGGGCUACGGUUAGACCGAGCAACUGGAUCAACUUUGAAGAGAUACCAGAGAAAAGGAAAGCGCCAAAAAGGAUCCAAACGAUUCCUCGACCGGAGGACGAGGUGAAAUCGGGAGGAUACAGUUACGUUCAACCGGAAGAAUGCAGGUGUGAGUGUCAUGAAGAAUCACGACGGGCAUCGAUGAAGGAAGCAGUCGCGACAAGGACGUCCUCCUCGUGCAGCAGCAAUGGACAACGGCCUUGUAACGGUGAUAACUGUACGGUGCCUACAUCGACGUCCAUGGAUCGUGCCAGUAUCGUCAGUGACAGCUCGCUGGAGUAUAGCCUGAGUAUCGAGGAGACCAUGACACAACCGUUGUCUACGGGCUCGGCAAAGCCUUUCAGCAUGGAUCUGGACGUUAGGUCGAAUCGGUCCAGUAUCGUAUCCCAGGACGAGACUGACGAGACCCCGCACCAAUAAUAAUUUUUCACGGCACUCCUCGCCUUAUUCUACCCCUGUUAAACGAACAUUCUCUUCCGUUGGAACUGUUCCCGGGCCGAGUUCUCGUUACUCCUUUCGCUGUUUCGGCGAUCUGCUCUACUGCGUUGUCUACCCGAAUAACGAAUCGGCUCUACUCUCUUUUCUUUCUCUUUUCUAUUCAACUUUUUCCUCGAGAUCAUAACCAUUUAGCGAGUCUCUUGUCUGUGUGUCAAUUUCGAUGAUAAUCUCUUAUCCCGUUUCAUUAACGCGACAUCUUAUAUAGUUACACGUACGUUUCGGUGUAACAAAGAUACCGAUCUUUUGUAAUGGAUUCAAAGUGACAAAGUCAUUCGUUAUUCGGCGAAUAGACGUCGUAUUAAGUACGUUUAGGGUGGCUCUAUU